AUGGCGGCAGAAGCAAAGACCAUGAAGGAGACAAACACCCUCAACGUCUACAAGGGCCCAGAGUCCAUCCGAGACUACUUUGACCCGGACACGGCCCCUCCGCUACCCCUCGUCGAGGUGCCAUCCUGCCUGAACCCCUACCAUGCCGACGGCGUCCGCAUCUUUGCCAAGAUGAUGUCCAUGCAUCCCGCCAACAAUGUCAAGUGCAUGCCAGCGCUAAACUUGCUCGAAAAGAGCGUCAAGCCUGAUGUGACCAAGACCAUUGUCGAGUACAGCUCCGGCUCGACCGUGCUGUCCAUGUCCCUCGUCGGCCGCGCCAUCUAUGGGCUCGACGACAUCCGAGCGUUCCUGAGCAACAAGACCAGCAUUGCCAAGAUCCGUCUCAUGCAGCUCUUUGGAAUCAACAUCACUCUCUUCAGUGGCCCUUCCCAGCCCGAACCUCUGGAUGAACGUGGUGGUAUCCGCGCUGCACAGCGUUUAGGUAAUGAGACGAGCGACUCCCUCAACCCCAACCAAUACGAAAACGAAAACAACUGGAAAUCGCAUGUCCGCUGGACCGGACCGCAAAUCCUCAGACAACUCCCCGAGAUCAACCUAAUAUGUGCCGGCAUGGGCACUUCCGGAACAAUGACUGGUUUGGGGACAUACUUUAAGGGCGCCAAGCCAGACGUCGUCAGACUCGGCGUCUGUACCGCUGCAGGUGACAGAGUUCCUGGACCGAGAUCAUACGCCCUUCUUGGCCCCGUCACCUUUCCCUGGAAGUCCUCAGUCGACCACGUCGAGGAGGUUGGCUCGUACGAGUCGUACCGGCUGUCCCUGGAGCUGUGCCGACAGGGUCUCGUCUGCGGCCCUUCUUCAGGCUUCAACCUUCGGGGCCUGUACCAGUACAUUGAGAAGCAAAAGGCCGAAGGCAACCUCGGCAAGCUUGCAGGCCCUGACGGCCUAAUCAACUGCGUGUUCCUCUGCUGUGACCUGCCCUAUCAGUACGUCAACGAGUACUUUGACAAGCUGGACGACUCAUGCUUCCCGCCCGUAAAGAACGAGGAGCUCCUCAACGUCGACCUGUACCGGUACGACGAGAAGUGGGAGUGGGAGGCGUCCAAGGCCCUGCAGGGCUACUUCCACGUCAACUCGGAGCAGAUGGAUCUCCUGACGCAACGCGCGCCGGAGCCGGUUACGGGCGAGAUCCCCUCGCUGAGAGCCGCGCUGCAGCCGCGCGACGACGCAGCCGUCCUGGAUCUGCGCCAGCCGGCCGACUUUGACCGCGGCCGGCUGCCUGGCUCCGUCAACCUGCCCCUCGCGCAGCCCGGCGCCGCGAGCCCCUUCUCGGACCCUGCGAUCCUCAGCCGGCUCUGGACCGAGCUGGACGGUGAGUUUUCCUCGACUGGCAACGGGGAGUUGCAAGGCCGCCUCCGGGGUAGGGAAACGCUGGUGGUCUGCUAUGAUGGCGACAGCGCGCGCGUGGCGGCGAGCGUGAUGCGCGCCAAGGGCUACGAGGCCAACAGCCUGCGCGCGGGCCUGGACGGCCUCGUGGCGAUGCUGUCGACGGCGCCGCCUCAGGAUGCCUGCGGCGUGACGAACGAGUCGGAACAGCAGCAGCAGCAGGCUGGCUCCUGGCUUCAGCUAAGCGCGUCCCAGCACCAGCCGGCGGCGUCGGUUGAGGUGGCCGCGUCGAAUGCUUCAUCCGAGAUGAGAAACAUGCAGCAGGCUGCAGUCAUAGUAUAG